GUCCGUGUGCGACAUGUAUUUGAACUUCAAUCGCCCGGAGGGCUGAAACUUAUCAAUCAACUAAUUCAUUUAGAACAUCCGAGAUACGAUUGACUCGCCCAUCAUGCCGAAAGCAAUCACGAUGCAGCAUAUUGAGGGAGGAAAGCCCGGAAAGGUUUACUAUCCGCUCUCCCUCGUCGAUGUACCAACUCCAAAUCCUGGUCCCAAUGAUCUGGUGGUUGAGAUGCACGCUGCUGCUCUCAAUCAUCGCGAUUUCUUCCUCCGACAACAUCUCUACCCCGCCCCCUCCUUCGACGUACCUCUCCUCGCAGAUGGAUAUGGUAUAGUGACCGCUGUGGGCUCAUCUGCCUUGAAGUCCUGGUUGGGGAAGAAGGUCAUCUUGACUCCAGGCCGGGGUUGGAAGGAUGAUCCAGCAGGUCCUGAAUCGCCCACGGGAUAUGCAAUUCUCGGAGGCACUAAGACAUUCCAAUUAGGCACACUGCAGGAAGUUCUCUGCGUUCACGAGGAUGAAGUGGAUGAGGCCCCAAACCAUAUGAGUCCUGCAGAGGCUGCGGCUUUACCAUUGACGGGUUUGACGGGAUGGAGAGCCCUAAUGACAAAGAGCGAAAAUGCACAGAAGGGUAGGAAUGUCCUGAUUACUGGUAUUGGUGGAGGAGUUGCGUUGAACGUCUUGCAAUUUGCCGUGGCACUUGGUAUGAAUGCCUAUGUCACAAGUGGGAGUCAAGAAAAGCUCGAUAAAGCGAAGAGUAUGGGAGCGAAGGGUGGAGUAAGCUACAAAGAUGAGGGAUGGGAGAAGGAGCUGAAGAAUCAGUUGCCUAAGGAUAGGCCACGCCUUGAUACCAUUAUUGAUGGCGCUGGAGGGAAUAUUAUCUCAAAGGCUGUGAGGCUUUUGAAGCCUGGCGGUAUUAUUGUUCAAUAUGGCAUGACUGUCGCCCCAAAGAUGGAUUGGUUGAUGAGUGCCAACCUCCUCAAUUUGGAGCUUCGAGGUUCAACCAUGGGCUCGAGAAAAGAGUUUCGAGACAUGGUCGCUUUUGUAAACGAGAAGAACAUCAAGCCUAUUGUAUCGAGGACGGUCAAAGGCAUUGAUAAUCUCAAGGAUAUCGAUGGCCUGUUUGAAGAUAUGAGGCAUGGCUCCCAGUUUGGGAAAUUGGUCAUUGAGUUGGGUGGUACAACCAGCAAGCUCUGAAUUUAAUUGCUUUUACCAUAUGUUGCGACCUGACUUGAACCGAAGUCAGUCAUUGUUGUGUCACUUGAAAUGACAGGUGAUUUUCUCUUGAUUUGGAGUUAUACGCGUUGAGUUAUAUCGUCGUCAUUAGUGUUGAUAAUACGAAUGUUUCAUAACGAU